AUGGAUGAUGAUCACGAGCUUCCAAAAAAGUCGAGGGAGGUUGUACUUGGCUUACGUAAACAAGAUCCGGUAGAAGAUGCCGAACCCAUCAACUGUGCAAUUCCAGUCAAAUAUGAAGCUACUGAGUGUGAAGCACCAGCUAUUCACAUUGAUACAAGUGAGCAUUUUGUGCCGGAAGAAACAUAUAAGGAUCGAGAUGAGUUGAUUAAGUGGGUUAAGGGUCAAGCUGAAAAGUUACAUUUUACAGUUGUAACUGUAAGAUCGGACCAAGGAUUGGUAAGUGGGAAGCCAAGUUUUGUGUUGGGUUGUGAAAGGGGAGGUGCGUACAGACCAUCGAACUACAAGGCAAAGAAAAAGGUAUCAAUCGAAGAGAGGGGAUCGAGGAAAAUUGGUUGUCCGUUUAGACUCCGUGGUUAUUUGCCGAAAUCAAAGGAGUGGAAUCUUACAAUUGUGUCCGGCAUUCACAACCAUGUGUUGGAUAAAGCUUUAGAAGGUCACCUAGUUGCGGGGCGUUUGAAACCCGAAGAGAAGGAGAUGGUUGUCGAAAUGACCGGAAAUCAAAUCCCACCUAGAAACAUCAUGUCUACAUUGAAAAAGAGAAAUCCAGAUAGUGCGACAAGCAUCAAGCAAUUUUGGUGA